AUGUCGGUACUGCGGCGCAGGGUCGCCGCUCUUGAUACCCUUUCACCCUCGCCGGUCCUCAUCAUCCGGGAGACUGCCGCCAUGGCGACAGCAACAGAACACUCCGAUCCUAGCUCGACAAUCGACCCUUAUACCCAUUCCUUGAAUGGCGUGAACCAGCCAGUGAAUAUGCUCUUCAAAGACAUGCUUUGGUGGAGCAUGGGCAUAUUGGCCCUCAUCGUCUUGUCGAUUCGUCUCUUGGAGAUAGCAUGGAGUAAGCUUCGUCAGGUCUCGGCCAUGUCGGCGCCGGCCGACAGGCAGGCUUACUGGAAACACUCUCAAUGGAGCUGGAUGCCAAGCCUGAAGAAGAACCUCAUCUAUGCUCCCUUCUGGAGAAAGCGACACAACCGUGAGAUCAGACUCUCCAACGCUAUCAGCAUUGGUACACUGCCCUCUCGACUUCACAGCACUCUCCUGUUCCUGUACCUCGUCAGCAAUUUUGUCUACAUGUUCUUCCUCAACUGGCAGAACGAGAAUAAAUACGCCUUCUUUGCCGAGGUUCGUGGUCGGUCUGGUACACUGGCCGCUGUCAACAUGGUGCCGCUUAUUAUUCUCGCUGGUCGCAACAACCCUCUCAUCGGCAUGCUGAAGGUCAGCUUCGAUACGUAUAACCUCAUUCAUCGAUGGACCGGGCGCAUGGUGGUACUAGAGUCUGUCAUCCAUACCGUUGCAUGGCUGAUUGUUCAGUUGGCGGAUGGCGGCUGGGAGGCCGUCAGCCAUAGGCUCAUCAACGAGAGCUUCAUUGCGUCUGGGUUCUGCGGCACAAUCGCUCUCGUCAUCCUGUUGCUCCUGUCGUUCGGUCCAGUCAGGCACGCUUUCUACGAGACCUUCUUGAACCUCCACAUCAUUCUGGCUGCCAUCAUCUUCGCGUGUACCUGGGUUCACUGCGCCACAGCCAGCAUUGGUGUCCUUCCCCAGCUCCCGUGGGUUGUCGCCAUCUUCCUCCUGUGGCUUGCUGAGCGCCUCGCGCGCAUGUUCCGCCUCGUCUACCUCAACUGGUCUGGAAGAGGGUUCACCGAGGCUAUCGUGAGCCCCAUGCCCGGCGAGGCGUGCCGCGUCACGAUGCAUCUGCCUCGCCAUGUUGAUGUCAAGCCUGGAACCCACGCCUACCUCCGCUUCAAGGAGGUCAACCCUUGGGAAAACCACCCGUUCUCGGUCGCGUGGGUUGAGCAUUUCCCCAACCUUGACGGGAAGGACAUCAAGGAGCAGGUGACAGCGGCCGACAUCAAACGCGGUACAACAUCGGUGUCUUUUGUCAUCGGCGCGCAAACUGGCCUCACCCGCGCUCUUUUCAACAAGGCCAGCCGGUCGGGUCUGGCGUCGAUCUCUAUGAGAGCAGCAUUGGAGGGUCCUUACGCCGGGCAUCACUCUCUAGACUCCUACGGCCAUGCUGUCCUCUUUGCCGGGUCGACGGGUAUCACGCACCAACUCUCGUAUCUCCGGCCCGUCAUCGAGGGGUUCAACGCCGGAACCAUUGCGACCCGCCGCCUCACCCUCGUGUGGAUCAUUCGAGACUAUGAAUCGCUCGAGUGGAUCCGCCCGUGGGUUGAUGAGGUACUUCGAAUGCCACGUCGUAAGGAGAUCCUGAACAUUCGAUUAUUCAUCACACGGCCGAAGAACCCCAAGGAGAUCCAGAGCCAGAGCGCAACGGUGCAGAUGUUCCCUGGCCGGCCGAAUAUCAAGACUAUCCUGCAAAAGGAGGUUGACGAGCAAUGCGGUGCCAUGAUGGUCAGCGUCUGUGGUCCUGGUGGACUGCAAGACGACGUGAGGGAAGCCGUUCGGGCGGUCCAGGACGAGCACUCGGUUGUAGACUUUGUCGAGGAGAGCUUCACCUGGUAA